UGAUGACUGUUGAAAAAAACGGGCUAAAAGUCCGACAGCGUUCAUUUAGCCAAGUGUCCUGCAAAGGCGUUCAACAUUUUUCGAUCAAUUAACCUCCUAACGACGUACUUGGCCAUCACCACACCUCGGAACCCGAUUGGCCUCCCGGUCUGCAGCUCACCAUGAGACGGCCAGAGCUGGCCCUCUUCUGGCGCAGCACAGAUUUAACCAUUUACGUGAGCGGGGGAGCUGCGUCACGGCGGCCGGGCUGCAAAGCUCCCCGUGAUAAGGCCCCUGAGUCACCUGAAGAGGCAGCUGGGGCCUGUUAGGGAGAGGCCAUUUUCACACUGCCCACUGCCAGUCAGAUAGCAGUCUGAGGGUCCUGUUCGGCCGCAACAGUAAGUGUGGGCCCAAGAGCUAAAGACAGAGACAUUGUUUCUGCGAACUGAAUUAGGAUGAUCUACAAAUACCUUCAAAGAUCUCUUUAUCAUGGGUUCCUCACCGCUCUGUAAAUUGCUAGAUGUAUGACUUUCUGCUUCAUUCUUUGAGGGGAACACAAUCAUAUUAUGACCUCUGUAGACGGAUUGUAUUAUUCCAAGAGCAGGACUGAGAAUAGAAGACCACUGGUUGACGUUCUUGGAGAUCUAGAUGAAACUCUUCCUCUGCAAAGACAGAUUCUGCCCAGCAGACUGUCAGAACAUUCUUCACAGAGGGUCCAGGACGAUGAUGAGUUUGAUGACUCCAGUGAGGGCCCCCCUCUCCCCAGUACUCCACCAGUCGGGGAGGUAGCCAACCCAGGGGAUCAGGAAGAAAAGAAGCCCCUAAAGAAGAGAAAUCUCAUCCCCAAAUCAUGGGGCAACUUCUUCAAGAAAUGGAAGAAGGGUGACAGACCUGAUCAUGAUUCGCUGGAGGAGAACUUCCUCCCUGAUGGAACACGAGUCAGCCCACCCCUGAGCCCCCUCCUAAGCCGGAGGUACGGAGAGCCAGAGGACUCUUUGAGAUCGAGCGGGAGCUCACACAAGCCCCCCUUCACGGACAGCAGCACGGCAUACUCCAGCCCGCCCUUCCAAGAUCCUUCCGAAGCGUCGGACCGAGCGAGCAUCCACCCUGCGGAGUACUACGCCGAGAAGCUCGAGGUGUACCAGAAGAAGUACUCCUACAUGAAGUCUUGGCCUGGCUUGCUAAGGCUGCUCGCUGGCCUCCAGCUCCUCUUCGGGGGGAUGGUGUUCGCCUGUGUGUGUGCCUACAUCCAGAAAGACAACGAGUGGUACAACCUUUACAGCUAUCAGCGCCCCAGCUUUGGAUUCGGGGGUAUAUACAGUGGGGGAACAAGUUACUAUUAUAAUGGACCCAUGACCCCCUUUGUUCUGGCAGUGGCUGGUCUGGCCUGGAUCAUGACGGUCAUCCUGCUGGUCCUGGGGCUGACCAUGUACUACCGGACCAUUCUCCUGGAUUCUCACUGGUGGCCGCUGACCGAGUCUUUCAUCAAUGUCGCCAUGUUCCUUCUGUACAUGGCGGCGGGAAUCGUGUACGUCAAUGACCUGAACCGAGGAGGGCUGUGCUACAUGACUAUCGGCAUCAACCCCAUGAUGUCCAGUCUGUGCCGGGUGGAAGGAGGCCAGAUGGCCGCCACUGCCUUCAUCUUCAUCAACAUGCUGAUGUACCUCGUCGCCUUCCUGGUCUGCCUCAAGAUGUGGCGCCAUGAAGUUACCCGGAGGGAGAGGGAGGCCUCAGAAAGGCAGCUGUCCGCUUCUGCCAGCACAGUCACGACAAAAACCAAGAAGAUCAUGUUUGAGGAUGAAGUGAACCAUUCAAUGAGGACCACCAAGAGGAUUCAGUUCUCCGAGUCUGGAGAUGAUCCUGGCACCCUCAACAGGGCUAUACCUUCAGGAUAUGUCCCCAAACCACGCAUCAUCCCUGAUUACAUCAUGAAAUACCCUGACAUACGCACCUUUGAGGACAGAGAGCAGUACAAGGCUGUCUUUAAUGACCAGUAUCCAGAGUACAAGGAACUGCACAGUGAGAUCCAGGCUACCAUGAAGAAAUUCAGGGAGCUGGACUCCAUGAUGAGGAAACUGCUGACCAAUGAUGACAACCCUGAGGUGCACCAGAGAAUUCAAGGCGUGCUGGUAAAGUACAGGCUGAAGAAGAAUGACCCCACCUUCCUGGAGAAGCAGGAGCGCUGUAACUACCUGAAGGCAAAGCUGAGCCACAUCAAGGGCAGGAUCCAGGAGUUUGACCAGAAAACUGCAGGGGGCCGGAUUUGAAAUAAGUUUCUGAUUAGUUCAGACUGAGAAAAUCCUACCAGCCUCAAGACAGACAUAUACCAGUACACAGAGAUCCAGGCUUAAAGAGAGAUCCCCACUGCUGUACAGAAGUGUUAGACACAGUACAGAGUUACAAAUGAUGUAUUUUAGGAUCUUCAUCAAAUCUUAUUUAGCCAUCUUCAGUUCACGUCGAUAAUCUCCAAACACCUGAUCAAAACAACAUAAAUUCAAUAUAAAAUGUUAUAAUAACCAAUCCCAUCACAUUUACCAGUCAAACCUAAUGUAAUUGAGUGUUCCAAUCAUUAACAUCCUGUAUACACACUCAUGAAGCUAAAAAAAAGCGAGUUUUUGUACAACAAAAUACAAAACUGUCUGGAUUGGCUGUUAUUCUAAAAACAGAAUGAUCAUAUUUCAAUAGAGAUGCCAUAGAGCAGUGUUUCUGUGUUAAGAAGAAAAAACACUGAGAGAAAACAGUGGAACAGUGCAGGAUAUCUAUAAACCUUUGUGCAGCACUGUGUCCAUGUUAAAGCACAUGGGAUCUUUUUCAAGCCAGUUCCAUAUGUAAUAUGACACCUCUACAGCUUUUUUCAAGUAUAUGUCCAGGUAUGAUAAAGUGGAGAUAGUUCUGCCCCCAACUGCUUUCUUUGAUCUAAUACAUGAUGAUUGGUGUGGGGUGGUGUGCUACAGUCAAAAUCCAAUUUGUUCUACAUGAAAAUUAACAAGGAACAAUAUUUUAGGCUGUCAAUCAAAUUUGCCUGAGGUAUAAGGUAUUAGGCGGAUGUUGUUACGUCUUUACUGGAGAUACAGUUAAACACUUGUAAUCACUGUUUUCACACAUAAUUACAUUGAUGUAUAUAGUUAUUUUGGAGGGGGAAAGAUGUCCAUGAUUUUGUCUGCUUACAGUUUGUCAAAGAUGGUAAUGAAACUGGCCACAAUGAGCACCUUAAACUAAAGGAAUGUGUACGAUGUGCAUUGUGGGCAUGUCAAUGCUUGUAUGCACUUACACACAAAUCACAGUCCUGUGCAAAUAUUUUAUGUUCGUUGUAAGACACAUACUGUAUAUACUCCUGUUUCACUCCUCAGGGGCAAUUAUAAUGGGCUGCUGAGCCCCAGGUUGAAACCGCUGCCCAUGGUGGCUGACUUUGACUGAAAAGUAAAAAUAGAAGUCGCUUCAGAGCUCUAGCUGCUUUGAAGACAACAUAGCCUGAAAGCCUUUCCUUGUCCAGUAUUUUAUUAGUUAGGUGUAACAAGUUAUGAACUUGUUUCUUCGAUCUGCUUUCAGAAGUGGAUCUUUAAUGAGGGAGAAUCAAGAGGCCCAUAUUCAGCCCUGUGAAUGUUUUUUUUUUUUUAAAGUUGGAAUAAGAAAAUAAUCAUCUUGAUCUUUCCUUGCUCCAGGGCUUUAUCACAAGAAAGAAAAAGAUGUGUAUAAUUUUGUGUUGAAGGGGAUGUGUGUAGUCCUGUCUGCCUCUCUGGUUUUUGAAUACAGCACUGUAUAGAUGAGACAGGGGAACACUAGAGCUGGUAUUCCCAGUUUUAGAAAGUGAGGCACUCCAAACAGCUCUCUAUGGCCCUGAUUCCUGUUGGUUUCACAAGUACAUUUCAAUCAGCAAUUCACUGGGACAUUUUACAAUAACUAGUUAUGUUUUUUUAGACAUACACAAUACACUUAAAAUAAUUAGAACAGCCCUCAAACACAGGAGUGGGCAAUGUACAGGUAUUUGGGGGCUUUCUAGAUACUGUUUACAAUUUCAUUUAGUCAAAAGUGGAGCUCAAUGUAGCUAUUAUUGAGCUGGUUGUAUCAUAGUUCUGGAAUGGAAGGUAUUGGAAUCAUUUUUAAAAGAUAAAAGUAUGUCAAUAUAAAUGUUGACAUUUUUAACAAAAGAACACUGUAAAUAUAAUCUGGAACCUGAACUUGGAAAGAUAUAAUUCUACCCCUGAGCUUUGAGAGAGAGAUUACGGUUUGUUCCCUUAAUGCAAGAGGCCAGCCUCUACUCCAGAUAAGAAUCGAUUUUAAUGCUUUGUAUGGCUUGUCGAAGUUCAAAAAAAUAUUUUGUAUAUGUAUCUUUGUAACUGUAUUUGUAUAUAAUUAAAUUCUUCAUACUUGGAA